AUGAAUGGGGAAGAUGGUGUAGAUAAUGAUAAUUGUGGGUAUGAUGAAAGGGUUGAAGAGAUUAUGAAUAUUGGGUUGGAUUACUUUAACAUACAAGGGUGUCUUAGAGAGGAGUCUAUAAAUAGUGUAAAGGGUGAUGAAGAUAUAAUUAAAAUGAUACAAUUGUUUUAUGAAAGUACAGAUGGAUGCUUAUUUAUAUUUAAUGAUAAAGAUUGUAUAAAAAUAUAUGAUUCUAUAAUAGAUUUAUAUAAAAGACGGAAGAAAGAAAAAUUUAUAAUAAUUUAUAAAACCCCUGAAAAUAAAGUAUUAUAUUUAGAAAUGAACAAUGAUGCUGAAAAUAUUAUUAGACGAUUUUUAGAAAUAUUUUUUUCUAAUUUUAUGAACAAGAACGAAGACAUCAAUAAUUCUUCUCUUCUUAUGGAAAUGAAAAAAAAAUUUAAUAAUUUUUUAUUAAAUUUAAAAAUAGUAUAUGGUGAGAUGGAAGAGAAAUUGAUAUUGCCAAAUUUACCUUCAGAAGUAAAGGAAGGAAACAUAAGUAAUUUAGAAGAAUAUUUAACACAUUUUAUUAAAUGCUAUCAUAUAAUAUUAAGAAGUUUUAUGGCAUAUAAAAAAAAUAAUUAUGAAAAUUGUAAUGAAUUUUUAAAAUGUCUAAAGAAUAAAAAUGAGGAUAUAAAUUUUUUACACGAUGAAAUAAAUAAAGAAGGGUUUACAGAAAUAAUUAAUAUAAUAUUAGAAAAAAAGAAAAAUUCUAGUUAUAAAAAUAUAAUUGAGAAUAUAAAAACUGAGAUAGUAGGUCAUAAGUCUGAAGUUUUUGAUUUAUAUACCCAUUUAAAACCAGUAGUUCAUUUUUUACAAAAAUUAGAAAGUUCAAAGGAAGAAAAUAUCGAAGAAAAAAAUGUAUAUUUAAUGCCAAUUGUACAUUCUUUAUCUUUAUCAAUUGAAAAAUCGGAUUAUUUAAUUAAGAAUUGUAAAUUUAUUUUCAAUUUUUUAUCGAGAGUAUUAAUAAAUAUCUGUAAUCAGAAUAUGAACACUCCAGAUAUAAUAAAUUCUAUAUAUAAUUGUAUAGAUGUAUUAAAAAGUAAAUUAUAUAAUACCUUGAAUUUUUUACUUACCUUUUUAUACUUAUUUAAAAUGUAUAAAGAGAAGGAAACAAAUGUAAAACUUCGAUCUCUAAAUGAAUUGAGUGGAAAGCGAGUACAUGAUUUGGUAGUAACACUGAAGACAACUGAAAAUGAUAAUGACAAAAAUGAAGAUAAAAUGAAUAUACUUAAUGAUUCAAAAGUAGAAGAAGAGUGUAAAUAUUUCCCACUUAUUAGUUUAUAUAUAUAUAAAUUAAAAUUGCUAGUUGAAUAUGUUAAGACCUAUCAAACAUAUAUGAAACUUGAAAAGAUUGAAAUACCAGGUGAAAAGGGAAAAAGAUUAACAGAAGAAAUACAUAAUGUUUUAAAAAGCUUUAAUAAUAUUAAUACUACAUUUUUAGAUAUAAACCAUGAAAUAUUAAAUAAUCAAGAAAAUAUUUUUAUAAAUAAAUAUAACACAUUUGAUAAUAAAAUAAAAGAAUUAAACAAAAGAUUAAUUUCUAUUUUUGUACACUCAUUUGAUAAUGAUUUAAAUAAAAAUAUAAAGUUAUUGAAUUCGUUUCUAAUAUUAAGAGAUAUUCAUUCUAUAGAAUUGGAAUUAAUUAGACACACUUCUAUGCUUUGUCAGAAUCUUAAAAAUGAAUUUAUAUUGGUCGAUAAUUUAUUUAUAAAAAAUACUACUAUUAUAGAGAAUAACAAGAAUAUCUUCAUGGAAAAUUCAUUUCAGGUAUCUAAGAAAAGUAAUGAACUUUUAGAUUGGAAGGAAGGUGAAGAAAUUACAAGUGUUGAAAUUGUACAAGGGAAUGAAGAUUUGGGUAACUGUCUAAAGAAGCUAAAUAUCAACAAUAACUCUGCAGUAUUUUGCGAAGUGAUAAAUUUAUUUAUGGCUCUUUUAAAAAGGAUAGAACAACAAUAUUUUCCGUUGAAAAAAAUAAUAGAUAUUUUAAACUUAAAAAAUGAUAAAACUGAAGAGAUAAAUAUGCUAUAUAAGAAUAUAAGUGAAAAAAUAAGUAAAUAUAUAUGUGAGAUUAGCAAAGUAUGGUUUAAAGAUACAAUAAAUGUUGUAAACAACUUUUUAAAUGAAAAUAUCUUUAAAAUAAAAUCUGGAACAUUUUAUGUAAAUUUUCAUCCAUAUAUAUUUAUGUUUAUAAAUAAUGUAAAGAAUUUUUUUUUAAAUAACUUAACUAUUAAUGAGGAAUGUUUACAAAUAUAUAAUAGAGCUAGUUCAUUUAAAAAUUUUAUUAAUAUAUUAAAUAAUAUAACAAAAAAAUAUAAUCGUGUAAUGACAAGAAUGUUAACUGUAGAAAGAGAUUUAUUUGAAGACAAAUUAGUAUCAGUAAAGGGAAUAUUAUUAAAAGGGGUAGAGGAAUUAAAAUGGACAGAUAGUGAAAUACACAAAUAUAUUGAGAGUGUUGAUAAAGAUAUGUCAGAUGUGUAUAGUAGUAUAUAUUCUCUACAUAGCAAUAUUUCAUUUAUUUUGAAUUUAACAAAAGGUUGGAUGAAAAAACCAAUAAUAGAAAAGCGUAAAAAAACAGAAGACGUAUAUAACUAUUUAAAUACGUAUAAGAAUAAUAUGUCUAUAUUAAAAAAUCGACUAAAUGAAGAUUUAAAAAAUAUUAAUAUAAAAAUAAAACAAUCUUAUGAUGCAUUAAAAAUAAAAAAGAAUAAUAUAAUGUGGAAAAAUUAUUUAAAAUUUUUAAAUAACAUUGUUAUGGGUAAAUUGAUUGAACUUACUAAUUUGUUAUUUAAUAACUUAUAUGAAGUUAUGGAAAAUGGAAAAAAAGAUGAACAAUUAUUUUUGAUUAAAAUACGUUUUGUUGAUGGCAAAUUAAAUUUAGAUUUAAAAUUAAGAAGUAAAAAAUCGUUUUCUAUUACUAGCAUAUUUUAUAAAUGGGUUCAUGACUUUAUAAAUAUUUCAUCAGACAUUAAAAGAAUAGAUAUUAGAAAUGGAGAUUAUAUAAACGAAAUAGUUUUAAGCUUAAGUGUAAAUUAUAAUAAGAAUAGAAUUGAAAAUUAUUUUGAAAAUACAAUUGAAAAGGCAUAUAAAUAUUUACAAUCUUUUAAAAAAUAUGAGAAUAUAUGGAAAAGAGAUAUAAAAAAAGAGUUUAUAGCUUUUAAGGAAAAAAAUGAAAUUGCUUUAUAUCCAAAUUAUUUUGAAUAUAAUUACAAUUUUAAAGAUUCAUUAAAAAUUAUUAAAAUAAAUAUACCACAUAGAUUUCCAAAUAUAUCGUCUUAUAAAAAAUUUAUUUUACUACUAAAAGAUGAGUUAAAUGGCUACUACAAUUUGAAAACACAUGAGUCUAUUAAUUUUAUAUCUUUUUAUUCUGAAGAAAUUAUUCAAUGCUUAAUUAAGUUUACAAAAAAAAAUAUUUCUUUAUAUACAGAAUUUUUACAAAAUUUUGUAAAAGAUGUUAUAUAUGCUAUUAACACUUUUUACGAAAACAAUAUUAAACAUUUAAAUGAGGAUAAUAUUAUCGAUUUUUUUUGUAAAAAUGAGAAUGAUGAAGAUAUGGAUAAGGAUAAUAUGCUUAUGCCUAAGGGUAAAAAAAAAACUUCUAUAAAUUGUAAUAAUAAUGAUGAAAAUAAAAUGAAUGAAAUUAUUUACAAUGAAUAUGAACAAGUAAUAUCAACCGAUUCACCAAAAAUGGAAGAUGCAAUACAAAAUAAAAAUGACAACGGUGAUGAUACUGCUAAUAAUGAUGAGAUGAAUAAAAAAGACGCAUUUUAUAACCUAAUGAGAAGUAUUAGAAGUGUAAAAUUAAGUAAGAAAAUAAUACCAUUAAUUUUCCAAAAAAUAAAAGAAAUAAUUGACAAAUUAAAAGAGAUAGACAUCAUUAUAAAAUAUAAUGAUGUGUUAGAAAAUGUUGAAAAAAACAAGGAGAAGGUAGAAAUUCAAUAUAAUGAAAUUAAAGAAAAGAUAUUAAAAUAUAAAAAUAAAGAAAUUAAAAACAUAAAGAUAGAAAUUAAAAAUUUUAAGGAAGAAUUAAUAAAUUUAAAAAAUGAAAUAUUUAAAAAUAUCCCAAGUCAUCCAAAAGAUAUAUAUAAUUCACCUUAUGAAAAAAUUAAUGAUUUUAGAAACAAAUUUCAAAUAUAUAAAGAUAAACAAAAAUAUCAUAAUGAAUUAGAAACCUUAUUUGAAAUAGAUAUAACAGUAUUUGAUGAAUUGGAUGAAAUAGAUGUAAAAUUAAAAUCCUUAAAGCAUUUAUGGGAUAUAGUAAAUAACAUUCUAUUUUUUAUAGAAGAAGAAAAAAAGAAAAUGUGGAGAGAUAUAGAUGUAAAUAAUAAUACAUACAUAAUUGAUUUUAUAUUACUAUAUAUUAGAAAAAAAUUUGUUGAUUUAAAGGAAUUACCAAUUUAUGAGUAUAUAACUAAAGAAUUAAAAAAGUUGUUACAUGUUUUGCCUCUUUUAGUCGACUUGAAUAACGAUUGUAUAUUUGAUAGACAUUGGAAUAUUAUUAUUAACAUAUCAGGAAAAAUAAGUAAUUUGCAUUCAAACAAAAGGGGAAUGACACAUAAUAGCAACAACUUUGAAGAUGUGAAUUUAAAUUCUGAAUUUCGAACUAAGGCAAGCAGUGCGAAGGUAUAUGAAGAAGUGAGGAAUAGUGAAAAUAUGCAAACAAUUCCAAAUAAAGAAGAUGAAAAUUAUAUGAAUACGCCCAAAGCCUUGAGUACUAUUAAUAGGAGUAAUAAUAACUUGAGUGGUAUGAUGAGUAAUAGUGGUAAAUUUAACUGGGGAGUAGAAAAAAACAAAGAUUCGGCUCUAAGCAAAAAUCUGAAAAUAAAAUACAAAGAAUUGACGUUGCAAGAGUUUUUUGAUUUGAAAUUAUAUAAACACGUAGAUGCAGUUCAUGAUGUAAUAGAACAAGCAAAGAAAGAAAAGAAGAUUGAAAAUAAAAUAAAAGAAAUUAAUUUAAUAUGGAAAAAUAUGACUUUUGAAUUUGUUAAGAAAAAUACAUAUAUACAGAUAAUAAAUAUGGACGCAAUAUUAGAAAUGGUUGAUAUGCAUACAUCUGAGAUAUUAUUUUUCAUUAACCAAAAAAAAUAUAUAUUAUUUAUACAAGAUACAAUAUUAAAUACUCAAGAAAACCUUAAAAAAAUUGAUGAAUUAAUUAAUAUAUGGAGAAAAUUUUUAAAUAAAUUUGAAAGAUUGCAACCAAUUUAUUUAAACUCUGAAGAUAUCCAUUCCCAAUUACCUCAAGAAAGUAAAAUGUUUUUUAAUAUCGAAAGUGAUUAUAAAGAAAUAAUACAAAGUGCUUUUGAACAAAAAAAUGUUUUACAAGUUUGUUUAAAUGAAGAGUUGUUUUAUUUUUUGAGUAAAUUUUUUAAAAACAUUGAACUGUGUGAAAAGGCAUUGAAUGAUUAUUUAGAUCAAAAAAAAAAAGCUUUCCCUCGAUUUUAUUUUCUUUCAAAUAUAGCUCUAUUAGACAUUUUAAGUAAUGGAAAGAACCCACUAAAAAUUUUACCUUACAUAAAUGAUGUAUUCAAUGCAAUAAAAACUAUAAAAUUUGAGAACCAAUGUGGAGAAGAUUUUUCAGAUAAUUGUGAUGAAAAGGAUGUAGAACCCAAGAACAACAUCAAAAAUAAAAAUAUUCAUACAGAUGGUGAAAAUAGCGAUUCAAAUGAUGAUGGGGAUAAAAAUAAAUCAUCUUCUGGUUCCUCAACAGAUGCUGGAACAGAUAAUGAAAUGGAAGGACAAAUAGACAUAAAUGGAAGCAGUUACAAAAUGAAUAAAGCAUCAAAAGGAUAUAACAGUGUAAUUAAAACAGAUGAAAAGGGAAAUAGUCAAUAUGAAGUAAAAGAAUAUACAGCAAAGGGAGUGUAUAGUAUUGAAAACGAGUAUCUAAAUUUUAUUGAAGAAUUAACAUUAAAAGGAAAUGUAGAAAAUUAUUUAAAAGAUUUAGAAAAUCAUUUAAAAACUACUCUGAGAAGUAUUUUAGAAAACGCAAAAAUAAGUUAUGAAAAUUUAGAUGAAAAUACAAGAGAUGAAACAAUGAUAUCAAAUUAUGUAAGUCAAAUAGUUUGUACAUGUAACCAAAUAAGUGUAACAGAAGAAAUAAGUAAAUGCUUUGAUGAAUUAGAAAAUGGUAAUGAAUCAGCAUUUAUAGAUUAUAAAAAGAUGCUAAUUGAAAGAAUAAAUAAAUUAAUAAAAUUGGUUGAAAAAACAGAUGAUUAUAAUAUUAGGACUAAAUUGUUGUCUUUAAUAAUAUUAGAUGUGCAUACAAGAGAUGUAAUAGUAUCUUUUAUCCAAAAAAAAAUAUCAGAUAAUACAUCAUUCGAUUGGCAAGCUCAAUUAAAAUAUUAUUGGGUUUAUGAUAAAAAAAUAGACAAUUAUACAUGUGAAAUAAAGAUAUGUGACUUUAAAACAAAAUAUUUAUAUGAAUAUAUUGGAAAUUCAGGAAAAUUAGUUAUAACCCCAUUAACUGAUAAAUGUUAUAUAACACUAACACAAGCUUUAAAUUUAAUUUUAGGGGGUGCACCAGCAGGUCCAGCUGGAACUGGUAAAACAGAGACAACAAAAGACUUAUCAAAGGCUAUUGGUAUUGCUAUAUUUAUAUUUAAUUGUAGCAACCAAAUGAACUAUUUUAAUAUGUCACAAAUAUGUAUAGGAUUAUCUCAAACUGGAGCAUGGGGAUGUUUUGAUGAAUUUAAUAGAAUAAGUGUAGAAGUGUUAUCUGUUGUUAGUACCCAAAUUAAAUGUAUAUUUGAUGCUAUUAAAGAAAAAAAAGUCAUGUUUCAUUUUAUUGAUGAUGAAAUAGUAUUAAAAAAAACAUGUGGAUUUUUUAUAACCAUGAACCCAGGAUAUGCUGGAAGAACAGAGUUACCAGAAAAUUUAAAAAACUUAUUUCGAUCUUGUUCUAUGAUCGUUCCAGACAUAAAAUUUAUUUGUGAGAAUAUGUUAAUGUCCUUUGGUUUUAUAAAAGCAAAUAAAUUGUCGUAUAAAUUUGUUGAGCUUUAUCAAUUAUGUAAAGAGUUGCUACAAAAAAAUAUCCAUUAUGAUUGGGGAUUAAGAGCAGUUAAAGUGGUUCUAAUUCAAGCUGGAGAUUUAAAAAGGAAAUAUAGCAAUUUUGACGAAGAAGUAAUUUUAAUGAAAGCAUUAAAAGAUUUUAAUAUUCCCAAAAUUACCCAUGAAGAUAUACCGAUAUUUUUAGGACUAAUCAAUGAUUUGUUUCCAAAUGUAAAUUGCAAUAUAUUUAAUACAAAAGAAAAUAGUGAUGACCAAUCUGGAAUAGACAAUAAUGAAUAUUUUGUAGAUGAUUCAGAUGGAAAAAGCAAAAAAAAUGUUUCAGAAAAAAAUACAAAAGGGGAAGAAAAUAAUUGUCCAAAUAAAAUAUGCAGUUUUGAAGAUGCGAUAAAAAUAUGCUUAAAAGAAUCGAACCUUCAAAUAGAUGAUAAUUUUAUACUUAAAGUUAAGCAAUUAAAAGAUUUAAUGGAUGUAAGACAUUGUGUUUUUAUAUUAGGAGAAGAUGGAUGUGGUAAAUCAAGUGUGAUAGAGAUUUUAAUAAAAAGUCUAAAUAAAAUAAAAGAAAAUUGUUUACACGAAAUUAUAAAUCCAAAAUCUAUUGAAUCGUAUGAACUUUAUGGAUAUUUAACAAAAAAUAAUGAAUGGGUAGAUGGUGCAUUAUCUUCAAUUAUGAGAAAAAUGUCUAGAAAUAUAUCACCUUACAAUGAAUAUACAAAACAUAAAAUAAUUUUAUUAGAUGGAAAUAUAGAUGCAGAGUGGAUAGAAAGUAUGAACACUGUUAUGGACGAUAAUAAAGUAUUAACACUAGUAAGUAAUGAAAGAAUUCCUUUUACUAAAGAAAUGCAUUUAUUUUUUGAAAUUACAAAUAUGAAAUAUGCAUCUCCAGCAACUGUUAGUAGAGGUGGUGUUCUUUAUAUUAAUAAAGGUGACAUAAGCUAUAAAUUGUUUAUAAGUUCAUGGAUUAAUUUGUUAAAUAAUAAUAUUGCCAAAACCGAAUUUUAUUACCUUUUUAAUAUAUUUUAUGCACAAAAUAUUGAAAUGUUAAGAAAACAAUGUAAAUUUAUGUACAAUUUAUCCAAUUUAGAUAUUGCAAAAUCGAUUUGUAGUUAUAUAGAUUAUUUUUUAGCAAAAUAUGAAAAAUAUAUUAAUGAUGUAAUUAAAAAAAUUGAAAAUAAACAAAAUGAAGAAAAUAUAUUUUUAAAUAAUCAAAACGAAGAUCAGAAAGUUGGUGAAAAUUCUGUCUCUCCUCAUACAGGGGAUGAAAGCCAAAGAACAACAGUGAGCCAAAAUAAACAAGUUCAGAAUGAGAAUAUUCAAGGAAUAAGAAAGAGUGAAAAAAAUUUGGAAGAAAAAGGGUUUAAUGGUGGUAUUAUCAACCAAAGUAACAAUAGCAAUUACAAAAUAGAAAAUUGUGAACAGAAUAGGAAAGAAGGGAAAUUAGCUGAUGACGAAAAAAAUACUGUGAACAAAAUGAAUUACAACUAUGAUAUAUUGAAAGAUUAUUAUAAUAGCUUUUUUAUGAACUCCUAUAUGUGGGUUUUGAACAAUUUAAUAGUUGAUGAUAAAAUAAUGAAUUCUCGAAAUCUUUUUAAUAAUAGUAUAAAAGGUAAUUUGAAAGUAAAAAUGGGAAAUGAUUAUUGUUGUAACUACAUUUACAAUAUUUAUGAAAAUAGUUGGAAACAUUUGUCUACAUAUUUGGACGAGGAUAUUUUGAUUUUGCAACGAAUCAAAUGGAAUUUUGAUGAUCCAGAAAAUAAGGAAGGAGAAUAUGGAAAUAAUGUCCAAGGGGAAUUUGAUGAUAUGGAUGAAAUGGAAGAAAUGGGCGAGCUAGAUGAAGAGGAAGAAGCUGAAGAUUUGGACGAAGAGAUAGAUCAUGAAGAAUAUGAGCAAAUAGAGAAUAAUUCAUCAAGUAUGCAAAGAGAAAAAAUAGUUGGGAAAAAAGAAAAUAGAAAAAAAAAAGUUGCAAGUAACUAUAUUGAAAGCAUGCUUCCACAUAAUUAUGACGAGAUAUACAUAAAUACAAUUGAACUAAUAAGAAUAGAAAAGAUGAUAAAAUAUUCAUUAGAAAGAAAUAAACCAAUUUUAGUAUAUGGAAAUAAUGGUACAGGGAAAACAAAAUGUAUAAAAAAUAAUAUAAAUAUGAAUAUCGAAAAAUUUACACAUACAAUAAUAAGUAUAAAUUAUUAUACAAACUCAUUUGUUUUACAAAAAAUAAUUGAAAAUAAUGUCGAAAAGAGGAAUACAAGAACAUAUGGUCCACCAAAUCAAAAAAAACAUAUUUUUCUUUUAGAAGAUUUAAAUAUAACAGCUAAAGAUGAUUGUGAUACCCAACAAAUGCUAGAAUUUUUAAGACAGUUAUUAACAUAUAAACUAAUAUAUGAUCGAGAAAAUUUAGAUGAGAAAAAAUAUGUUCAUGAUAUAUCUUUUAUUGGUACAAUUAAUAAUAACACUAAUAAAUUUAUUGAUAAAAGAAUUCAAAAUAAGUUUAAUAUAUUAAAUAUAGAGGACAUAAGUAUAAAAACAUUUGAAAAUAUAUAUAAAAUAAUAUUAAAACAGCAUCUACUUAAAUUUGAUGAUUCAAUAAAAGGACUAUUAAAUAAUAUAAUUUUAUUUUCUUAUGAUUUAUAUAGUAGUAUCAAUGGAAAUGUUGCAUUUAAUUUGUCUAAUUUUGCGCCUCAUUAUUUAUUCAAUCUAAAUGAUAUACACACAGUAUUUUAUAACAUAAUUAAAUAUACAAAUCCAGAUAUAUAUAAUAAUAGAUUUAAAUUUUUGAUGAUAUUUUUCCAUGAAAUACAAUAUGGAUAUAUAAAUAAAUUAAUUUCUUAUGAUCAUAUUAAUAUAUUUACACAAAUAUUUAAUAAAUUAAUUCAACAAUAUUUCCCAUUUUUUAGUGAUGAUUUUGAAAAGCAUAAGAAAGUAUUUGACACUGUAAAUGCAGAAAUGAAGGAUGCCAAUAAAUUGUCUCAAAAAAAUACAACUGUUUCUGAUUAUGAAAAUAAUGAUGAAGUUAAAAGAAAUUCUUCAGGUGAACAUGAACCAUGUAAUAAUGAGUGGGGACGAUUACCAAAUGGCAAUGCUAAUAAUAUUGAUAUUAAUAAUGCUGAUUUGAAUUUAUCUAAAAACACAAUAUAUGAUUUCAGUAAAAAUAUAUUUACUUCUUUUAUAUCUGUACGAAAUGGAAUGGACAAGAUGUAUUUAAAUGUGAAACGAUUCUAUAUAUUAAAAGAAGUGUUGACAGAAAAAUUGAACGAAUAUAAUAGCAACCAUGUAGAACUUCCAUUAGUAUUAUUUGAUUAUGCUAUAAUUCAGAUUUGUAAAAUGUGUCGAGUUUUAGAUUUCAACAUUUCUCAUUUGAUGUUAGUUGGUUUUGGUGGCUCAGGAAAACAAUCAUUAAUAAAAUUAAGUAUUUUUAUUAAUUCUUUAAAUUUAUUAAAUAUAUCUACAAAUAAUAAAUAUGAUGUGAAUUGUUUUAAAUCAGAUUUACAAGAAUUUCAUCUAAAAUGUGCAAUAAAACCAGGUACUGUUCAUGUUUUACUAUUAAAGGAAAAGGAAAUAUUAGAUUCGUUCUUGCCUUACAUAAAUGAUCUUACUUCCACUGGUUUAUGCAAUGAUUUAUUUACAAAAGAUGAAUAUUUAGGAAUUUUCUCAUCAAUUCGUAAUCAAAUAAAAUAUUUAAAUAUUGGUGAAAGUAAUGAAGAUGUGUUUAAUUAUUAUAUUAGUAAAAUUCGAAAAAAUUUUAAAAUAGCUAUUACACAUUCACCUAUUAGUAAUUUAUACAGAAACAGAUUAAUCAAAUUUCCAUCAUUACUUUCUAAUUUUUCAUUUAUAUAUUUUUUACCAUGGCCAUAUGAGGCUUUAAUAAAUGUAUCUAAUAAAUUUUUAGAUGAUGUUGAAAUAAAUGAAGAAUUAAAAAAAAAUAUUUGCGAGCAUAUGGCUUAUGUCCACACUAGUACAAAUGAUAUGAACAAAACAUAUUUUGAACAAAAAAAUAGAUAUAACUAUGUUAUUCCUAAAACCUUUUUAGAGUAUAUAUAUUUUUAUAAAAAUUUAUUAAGUGUUAAAACUUUUGAAAUUGAAAAAUCGGUAGAAAGAUUGAAUAAAGGUUUGUUGGCAUUAACAAGUACUAAAGAAAAUGUGCAAGUCUUAAAAAAAGAGAUCGAAAUAAAAAUAAAAAAUAUAGAAGAGAAAAAAAUAGAAGUAAAUGAAAUAUUAAAUAAAGUAAAAGAGGCAACUGAAGUAACAAAUAAAGAACAAGAAGUUGUUAAUGAAGAGAAAAAAAGAAAUGAGAUAUUUACAAAAGAAGCCAUAGAAAUACAAAUAAGAGCCGAUAAAGAAUUGAGUGAAGCAUUACCUAUAAUGAAUAAAGCUAAAGAGGCAGUAAACUGUAUAACAAAAUCGGCUAUACAAGAAUUGAAGUCGUUGCAAAAUCCACCAAAGGAAUGUCUAGAUGUUACACAUGCUGUUCUUAUUGCAUUAAAAGAAAUAAAAAAUUAUUCAUGGAAAUUUGCUCAAAAGAUUAUGAAUAAUCCAACACAAUUUUUAAGUAAAUUACAAAAUUUUGAUGCAGAAAAUAUGGAAGACGAAACUGUAAAUUUAUUAGCACCAUUUAUACAAAAGAAAUUUUUUAAUUAUGAAAUGAUGAAAACAAAAUCAUCUGCAUGUGCUUAUUUAGCUUUAUGGUUAAUUAAUAUAGUAAAAUAUAAUGAAGUAUAUAAAAAAGUAAAACCACUUAUGGACAAACUUCAAGAAGCAACAAACAAUAAAAAUAAUGCACAAGAAAAAUUAGAUCAACUUGAAAAUAAAGUAAAAGAACUAACACAAAGUGUUGAAAAUUUAAGAAGAAAAAUGAAUGAAGUUAAUGAAGAAAAAAAUAAUAUUAUAAGAAUAUAUAAUGAAUCAAAAGACAAAUUAAAUAGAGCUGAAAAUUUAGUAAACAUGUUAUCUGAUGAAUAUUCUAGAUGGUCAGAUGAAAUUGCUAUUAUUAUUUCGAAUAAAAAAUAUAUAUAUGGUGACUGUUUAUUAUUAUCAUCUUUUAUUACUUACCUCGGUGUCUUUUCGAGUUCUUUUCGAAUUAAAUUAUGGAAGAAUUUAUGGUUAGAGCAUAUUAAAGCAAGUAAUAUUUUAAUUAGUAAUAUUUCUUCUCCUAUUGAUAUUAUGGUUCAAGAUAUACAAAUAGCUACUUGGAAAAAUGAGAAAUUGCCAGAAGAUAUUAUAAGUAUAGAAAAUGCAUUAAUAGUUAGCACAUGCUAUAGAUGGCCUUUAUUAAUCGACCCACAAUUACAAGGAUUAAAAUGGUUAAAGGUAAAAGGGGGUAAUAAUAUUACUUGUCUACAAUUUAACUGCAAAAAUUUUAUUCAAAAGGUAAAAAAUGUUAUUUUAAAAGGGGGAUAUUUAAUCAUUGAAAAUAUAAAUGAAGAAAUUGAUAAUGUUAUUGAUAGUUUAUUGAACAGAGAAUUUAUCAAAAAAGGAAAUGACACCUUUAUCAAAAUUGAUAACGAAGAAAUACAAUUUAAUUAUCCUAAUGCAACUAGCAGAAUUUCUAAGAUUAAAAGUUUUUUCGAAAACACAUUAGAUUCGAAUACCAUUUCUAACAAUACUCUUAAUAGUAGUAAGAGUGAAAAUAUGGGAACUUCUGAAAAUGCUGAAAAUAAUGAAGACAGUGCAGAUAAUUUAAGCAUCCAAAUGGAUAACAAUGAUAAACACUACAGCCAUAAUGUGAACAAGUCUAUGUCUAAUGGAGGUUUUUUAAAAACAAAUUUCUUUAAUUUAAUAUUACAAACAAAAUUAAGUAACCCUCACUUCAAACCAGAAAUGAAUAGCCAAUGCACUUUAAUAAAUUUUAGUGUCACAUGUGAGGGAUUAGAAGAGCAAAUACUAGCUAUUAUUGUGAAUAUAGAAAAACCUGAAUUGGAAAAACAAAAACAAUUAUUAGUAAAAAAUCGAAAUGAAUAUAAAAUAAUUUUAAACAAUUUAGAAGAUGAAAUUUUAUAUCAAUUAUCUACAGCUGAUUCAUCAACUAUUAUAGAUAACAUUUCUCUAAUUAAUAGUUUGAGAACAACAAAAGACACAUCUAAUAAUAUACAAAAACAAGUUGCAGAUUCAAUUAUUACUGAAACAAAAAUAAAUAAAACAAGAGAACUAUAUAGAACAUUGGCAAAUGAAGCAUCUAUUGUUUAUUUCAUUCUGAUUCUUAUGCAUAAUAUUAAUUACAUGUAUCAAUAUUCUCUUGAUUCUUUCAUAAAUCUACUACUUAAAUCGAUCGAAUCUGUGAAUACUACUGAGAUGGAAGACGGAAGUAACCAGAUUGAUUCAAAAAUAAAUACAAAACAUGAUAGUAUGUUUAGUGAAGGUUUUAAUAACGGAGAAAAAGAUGAAACUGACUAUUAUGAAUCUAAUAUAAAUUUUAGCGAAUAUAAUGAAAAGAACAUAAAUGACAAUAAUAUCAUGAAUGAAGAAGGAAAUGUAAUACAUGAUGAGCAUAUAAAUAAAUUAAUUGUAUCAUUUAGAAAAACAAUAUAUUCAUGGAUUAGUCGAGGUUUAUUAGAAAAAGAUAAAUUGUUAUUUAAUUGUAUAUUUGUAUUUAAAUUAUUGGAAACAAAGAAAAUAUAUGACAAAGAUUUUAACAUGGAUUAUCUAAACUUUUUCUUAAAGCCUCCACGAAGUAAUAUAAAAGUUGCUAUUGAAAAUCCAUUAAAAGAAUGGCUAAGUGAUGAAUGUUGGGAAAAUAUUUUAUUUUUAUCCAAAUUUAAAGAAUUUGAAAACAUUGCAAACAAUAUACAUAUAGAUGCACAGCAUAAAUUUAAACAAUGGUGUUUUGAAAUACAACCAGAAUUAUGUAAAUUGCCAUUAGAGUGGAAAAAAUUAAAUGAUUAUUCUUUUAAGAAAUUAUUAAUUAUUAGAUCAUUAAGACCUGAUAGAGUAACCGUAACAUUAGAAAAAUAUAUUAAAAAUGUAUUACCAAAAAGUGAAGAAAUAAUGGAAAAAAAAAAUUCAUUUGGAGAUACAUUAGAAUCUUCAUACAAUUUUAUGAUUAAUUCUACACCUAUAUUAUUUAUUUUAACACCGGGUUCUGAUUUUAUAAAAUAUGUAGAAUUAUUAGGGAAGAAAUAUAAAUUUUAUUUAAAUAAUAAUUUGCAUGUUGUAUCAUUAGGACAAGGACAAGAAUCUAUUGCAUUAUCAAAACUUGAGUUAUCUCAUAAAGAAGGGCAUUGGAUAGUUUUAGAAAAUAUUCAUUUAAUGGCAAAAUUUAAUUUAAUUUUAGAAAAUGUAAUUGAUAAAUAUGCAGCAGAAGGCUCACAUCCAAAUUUCCGUUGCUUCUUAACAUCUGAAGUAACAACAAAUAUCCCAAUAAGUAUAUUAGAAAGAUCAAUAAAACUAACAAAUGAAGCACCAACUGGUUUUAAAGAAAAUUUAAAAAGAGCUUUUACUUUCUUUUCACCAGAUGAUUAUGAAGAAAAAGAUUUAAGAACAAAAAAUAUAUUAUUUUCUUUAUGUUAUUUUCAUUCAAUAAUAGUUGAAAGAGCAAAAUUUGGAGCAAAGGGAUUUAAUAUAAAAUACCCAUUUAGUCUUAGCGAUUUGAGAGAUAGUGCAAAGGUUUUAUUCAAUUAUUUAGAUAACCAAAAUUCUAUUAAAGUUCCAUGGAAUGAUUUGAAAUAUAUUUUUGGGGAAAUUAUGUAUGGUGGUCAUAUAGUUAAUGAUAAAGACAUGUUAAUAUGCAAAACAUACUUAAAUUAUUUUAUGAAAGAACAAUCAUUAGAAAAAAUGCAAUUAAUACCGUUUUCUAAAAAUAUACAAUUAUUUAGUCCUAAUAAUUAUUCAUAUGAUAAAAUUUUAAAAUAUAUUGACACACAAAUUAUUGGAGAGUCUUCUGUACUAUAUGGACUAAAUCAACAUGCAGAAAUGAACUUUAGAAUAGAUGAAAGUACAAAACUAUUAAAAAAUAUUUUAAAACUAAAAAAUAAAGAAACAUCUACAUUUAUAGAAGAAUUAACAAUAGGUGAAACUAUAGAAAACAAAACUUCAAAUAUUGUAUCCGAUAUUAUAAGCGAAAUAGAUAAUGUUUUUUUUAAUGUGGAUGAAUUAAUGAAAUCAAUACCAGAUGAUCAAAUAACUCCAUUACAAUAUUUCUUAUUUCAAGAAUGCACUUUAAUGAAUUCUUUAACAAAAAAUAUGAGAAAUUCGUUAAAAGAAUUAAAUCUAGCUAUUAAAGGAGAAAUUAAUAUGAAUAGUAAAAUAGAAAGCUUAAUGAAUUUUCUAUACAAAGACACACUACCAGAAUCAUGGAAAAAUAAUUCUUAUUCUAGUAACAGAAAUUUAUCUUCUUGGAUAAAUAAUUUAAAAGAAAGAAUAGCAUUUUUAUCAGAUUGGUUUAACGAUCCUUUAUUAACACCUAAAGUUUUUAAUGUUUCUUUAUUAUUUAAUCCUAACAGUUUCUUUAGUGCAAUUAAACAAAUAUUAUCUCGAAAUGAAAAAUGUGAAUUAGACAAAAUUAUUAUCCAAGUUGAAGUAACAAACAAAUCCAUAAAUGAUAUCCAUUCAUAUCCAAAAGAAGGUGCAUAUAUAUAUGGAUUAUAUUUAGAUGGGGCUAAUUAUGACAUAGAGAAAAAUACUUUAUGUGAUGCCUCAUCAAAGCAUAAAUAUUUUUUAAUGCCAGUUAUACAUUGCAAACCAGUUGUUAGUAUGGGUAAAAUUGAUAAAGACGUAUAUGAGUGUCCAGUAUAUAAAACUUUAUCAAGAGAUAACACUUACGUAACGAAUAUCAAUUUAAAAACAAAAGAUAGUCCAGAAAAAUGGAUUCUUGCGGGGGUAGCUUUAAUUCUUGAUAUUGCUGACGAUUAA